AUGAUACCAAAGUUAGCAUUAACACCAUCAAAGGUCAACGAUGCAAGUUCACCUUCAGAUCUGAAGUCUGUAGUUUAUGUACGUCAUGUUAGAACGAGUGCUUCAUCUGAAGAUUCUCUAUCUAAAAUUGAUGUCCUUAUUACAGCAGUUGGAGUUGAUGAAGAAGUUGUCUACUCCAAGUCAACUGCCUUGCAGACAUGGCUCUUUGGUUAUGAACUCACAGAUACAGUGAUGGUGCUGUGUGAGAAGAACAUUUAUUUCUUGGCAAGCAAAAAAAAGAUUGAAUUCCUGAAGCAAGUUGAUACCUCAAAAGAAAAUGACCAAGGUAUUCCUUCCAUCAAACUCCUUACAAGAGACAAGGUGGACAAGGAUAAAGGCAAUUUUCAAAAACUUGUUGAUGCCAUCAAACAAAGUAAGAAAGGUAAAACUAUUGGUGAAUUCAUAAAAGACAAGUUUCCAGGAGAUUUCAUGGAUGGUUGGAGAGCAGCUCUGAAAGCAGAAGAUUUCACAAAGGUUUUCCCAGGCACCAGAGUUGACACAAUUUACAAUGAAAUUCUGGAAAUGGUUAAAAAAGAGCGUCCCGAACUCGCUAGUAAACUUACGCGGAAUUUGGGCUUUGUCACUGGCAUUGAAUUUCGAGAAGGGUCGAUGUUGAUUACCAGCAAAACUGGCAUAACAGCCAAAAAAGGUAUGGUGUUCAAUAUUAGUGUCGGCUUUUCUGAUCUGCCCAAUGGAAAUUCUACAACGGCUCUCUUCAUUGGUGACACAGUGAUGGUUAAUGAAGGUCCAGCCACAUUGUUGACCACCUUGAAGAAGAAGAUCAAGCAUAUUGGUAUAUUUUUAAAGGAAGAAGAUGAAGAAGAAGAGGAAGAAGAGCAAGAUCAAGAACCAAUAUUACUUGGCCGUGGGCAAAGGAAUGCUAUACUAGACAGCCGGACCCGAACUGAUAUGACAGCUGAAGAAAAACGACAAAACCACCAAAAGGAAUUGUCACAGAAAAUUAACGAAGAAGCACGAGAGAGAUUAAAAGGAAUGAAGCAAAGUGGAGAAGAUAAAAAAGUCCGCAAGUCCAAUAUAUCGUAUAAAAACCACAUGUCCAUGCCUCAGGAGCCUGAAGUAAAAGGACUGAAGAUAUAUGUGGAUAAAAAAUACGAAACUGUUAUCCUGCCUAUAUUUGGAAUUCCAACACCUUUCCACAUAUCCACCAUCAAGAAUAUCAGCCAGUCCAUUGAAGGAGAUUACACAUAUCUCCGUAUCAAUUUCUUUCAUCCGGGAUCAGCCCUUGGCAGAAAUGACGGUAAUGUUUUCCCCAACCCAGAAGCCACUUUCCUCAAAGAAAUAACAUACCGAAGUUCCAACACAAAAGAACCAGGAGAAAUCUUACCUCCAUCAUCAAAUUUAAAUACAGCCUUCAGGUUGAUCAAAGAAGUUCAGAAAAAAUUUAAGACCAGAGAGGCGGAAGAACGUGAAAAGGAGGGAAUUGUUAAACAAGAUGUAUUAGUAGUGGCUCCCAACAGAGGAAAUCCUAAAUUUAAAGAUCUAUACAUACGACCAAACAUAGUUUCAAAAAGAAUUUCAGGAACACUCGAAGCCCACACAAACGGUUUCCGUUUCACUUCAAUACGUGGUGAUAAAGUUGAUAUUCUCUACAAUAACAUAAAACAUGCAUUCUUUCAACCCUGUGAUGGUGAAAUGAUCAUUUUGCUACACUUUCACUUAAAGCAUGCCAUUCUGUUUGGCAAGAAGAAACACAUAGAUGUGCAGUUCUAUACAGAAGUUGGUGAGAUCACUACAGAUUUAGGUAAACAUCAACACAUGCAUGAUCGAGACGACUUAAGAGCUGAACAGGCUGAACGAGAACUUCGAAAUAAACUAAAAUCUGCAUUUAAAACAUUCUGUGAAAAAGUCGAAAGCAUCACAAAACAAGAAGUUGAAUUUGACACUCCUUUUAGAGAGCUUGGCUUUCAUGGGGCACCAUUUAGAAGUACUGUACUUCUGCAGCCAACCAGUGGCUGUUUAGUGAACCUCACUGACUGGCCUCCAUUUGUGGUGUCUCUUGAUGAAGUAGAACUUGUUCAUUUUGAACGUGUACAAUUCCAUUUGAAGAAUUUCGAUAUGGUAUUUGUUUUUAAAGACUACAGUCAUAAAGUGGCCAUGGUCAAUGCUGUCCCAAUGAACAUGCUGGAUCAUGUCAAAGAAUGGCUAAAUUCCUGUGAUAUUCGAUACACUGAAGGCAUUCAGAGUUUGAACUGGACUAAAAUCAUGAAAACAAUUACUGAUGAUCCUGAGGGCUUCUUUGACAAUGGGGGCUGGAGUUUCCUGGACCCUGAGAGUGAAGAUGAGCAUGAAGAUGACGACGAGGAAGAUGAUGAUGCUUACGUUCCUAGUAACGACUCGGCUGGCGAGGAAGCCAGUAGCGAAGAGGACAGUGAAGAAAGCAACUGGGAAGAUGAAGAAGAAUCAGGUAUUUCUUUCAGUUUAUCAUUUUAUCAACAGCAUCCGUUGCUGUCAUUGCUUGAAUCUCUUUUAUAAGCUAUGUGUGAGAUU